AUGGACAAGACGGUUGUUGGCAUGGAACGUGAUGAGAAACGUGAGGUUGAGCUGUUUGGCGAGCCACGAGAUCAAGGCUUCGUGAAGGGUGGACGUGAUCUGGACUUGGAGCGCGUCUUCAAACGCGACUCGUCGUCAGAAAUUGGGAUGACGCGAUCCUGCUGCGUCGGUUUCGUGAAUACGACUUCCAAACGCAUGACUAGCGUUCGGUUGAGCGUGGAACGUCGGAUGAGCAAGGAACUCCCUCGUCCGUACUUCAACGAAGCUUGGCUUGCGAGAAAAUCAGCGUUCGAGACAGAGGUUCGAAAUACUCGCGAAAUACUCGGGCGUUCGUACCUUGUCGAAAACGCGAAACGAUACAGACCGGAGUCCCAGAGCCACGAGUCAAGUUACAUCAGAGCAAACCCUCCUAGGGACUUGGGCGGUUUUAUCGGCAGAAUGACUCGUAUCGUUGGUCUCCGUGCAGUGACGACGAGACGCCACCCGCAAUUCGACGCGAUCAGACCAGAAAUCGCAAGCCCUUAG